GAAUUUCAUGUUCUUGUCUGUCUGGACAAAAAUACCUGGAAUGGAAAGUUGAUGCUUUAGCACAUUUGAAGGCUAAUGGUCUUGAAGACACUAUUGAGGCAAAUAAGCCGUCAUCUGCCCAAGACAAAGCGAAAGCUAUUAUUUUCCUCCGUCACCAUCUCCAUGAAAGUCUCAAAUCUGAAUAUCUUUUGGUUGAUGACCCAAAAGAACUAUGGGACAAUUUACAGGAGAGGUAUGACCACCAGCAAAAGGUCCUUUUGCCUAAAGCUCAAUAUGACUGGAUCAAUCUAAGAUUCCAGGACUUUAAAUCUAUCAGUGACUAUAAUUCUGCUAUGUUCCAAAUAACAUCCAAACUAAAGUUAUGUGGGCAAAAAGUCACUGAUGCUGAUAUGUUGGAGAAAACCUUUUCUACAAUGCAUAUUUCUAAUAUGCUGCUACAGCAGCAAUACAGAGAAAAGGGUUUUAAGAAAUACUCUGACCUUAUAUCAGUUUUAUUGGUCGCUGAACAAAAUAAUGACCUUUUGAUGAAAAAUCAUAAUCUGAGACCCACUGGUUCUAGUCCUUCGAUUUAUGGUCCAUCUGGACAUAACAUUGCCACUGAAUCAAACGCAACACACAGUGGCACACGAAGGCAUUUUAAACAUGGGAAUUUUAGUGGUCAUAAUAACAAGUCCCACCGAGGAUAUAAACGGGUCGAAAGAUCAUAUUACAAGGGCAAGGGCAAACAAAAAGCCCAUCAAACAAAUCGCCCUACAAAAACCUCGGUGAAGACGACUUGUUACAAAUGUGGCAUGACGGGACACUGGGCUAACAAAUGCCGUACUGCAAAGCAUCUUGUGGAGUUAUUUCAAGCUUCCAUGAAUUUAAACAAAGGCAAAAAUGUGGAAGCGAAUUAUGUCAAUGAUACAACUCCAUCUCUGCCAAAAUUCGAUGUGUCCGACUUCUUCAUGGAUGAUAGCAUAAUGGACGAUGCUUUUGCCACUGAUCAAAAUAACACAAAAUAAAUUAGAAGACUUUUGCAUGUUGUAA